GCGGAAGUGACGUGACCAGUGUGUUUCCGCUUUGUGUGUGCUCGAGAGAAGCAGUGCGCUUCGGUUCUACUUUAAUCGGAAUCAGAAGCUCAAAUCCAGACACGUCAGAUGUCACACACGGGCGGGCGUCGCAGUAAAUGGGACCAGCCCGGCCCGGUGUCCUCCGCCGAGGGAGAUGGAGGUUCUGCCCCCACAGGAGCUCUGGACGCAGCUGCCGCCGUGGCUGCCAAGAUCAAUGCCAUGCUGGUGGCCAAAGGCAAACUGAAGCCGUCUCAGAUCAACAGCAUCACACCGGUGGAUAAAGUUGUUGGUGUUGGUGGGAAUAAAGUGAAGGAUGAACUGGUGGUUGCAGAGGUGGAAAUCAACGACGUUCCGCUCACCUGUCGGAACCUGCUGACGCGAGGACAAACACAAGAUGAGAUCAGCAGAGUGAGCGGAGCGGCCGUCUCCACCAGAGGACGCUUCAUGUCAACAGAGGAGAAAGCCAAAACUCUGCCCGGCGAACGUCCGCUCUACCUGCAUGUUCAAGGACAGACCAGAGAGUUAGUGGACAAGGCAGUUAACAGAAUUAAGGAGAUCAUAACAAACGGUGUGGUGAAAGCAGCCACCGGCUCCUCCUACACCCCAGCGACAGUCACGGUUUACCAGCACACCACAGCGCCAUCCGCAGCGCCACCUGCUGCACACAAAACACAUUAUCCUGGAGGGAUGCAUUAUGUGCAGGAUAAGGUGUUUGUGGGUCUGGAUCAGGCCGUUCAGGGGUUCAGUGUGAAGGAGCGUGUGGAGGGUCCGGCCUGCUCAUACCUGCAGCACAUUCAGACUGAAACGGGAGCAAAAGUCUUUCUGAGAGGAAAAGGUUCAGGCUGCCUGGAACCCGCGUCUGGACGAGAAGCCUUUGAGCCCAUGUACAUAUACAUCAGCCAUCCGAAAGCAGAAGGCCUUGCAGCUGCCAAAAUCCUGUGUGAAAAUCUCCUACAGACUGUUCAUGCAGAGUAUUCUCGCUUUCUGAAUCAGAUGAACAUUGUGACGCCCAUACAGGGUUUCAUCCAGCCUUCCCCUGUUAAUGGAAUGCCCCCACAGCCCCAAUAUUACCCACCCAUAGGGUACCAGCCCUCUUACCCCACGCCCGUCCUGCCCCCUCAGCCCGUGACCCCUCAGUAUUCAGUGCUGCCUGCAGUGCCAGUGUUGCCACCGCUGAGUGCCCAGUACCCCAUCCCACCUGCCCCCUCCAGCAUACCAGCACAGACUCUCCCUUCUGCUACAUUUCCCCCUGCUGCUAUGGCUCCGCCCAAAGCCACACCCCCUCCCACUCCACCAAACCCUCCACAGAAACGUCGCUUCACGGAGGAGGUGUCGGAUGAAACGGACCUUGGCCUUCUGGGAUAUCAGCAUGGACCCAUUCAUAUGACUAAUUUAGGUGCAGGCAUGUCUGUGGGCAACUCUGAGACGUCAGGACUCCCGUCUGCUGCUUCCUCUGGGUCUGACAAACAGAGGAGCAGUAGACAGAUGAUGCCGCCUCCGUUUAUCCCAGCGCCGGUGAGACCACAAAAACCAGAAGAGAGAAAACCAGCACCAAACCACAUGGAGGUGCAGGUGAAGCGUGUCAGGACCGGUCUGGUGGCGUAUUCCGGCGAUUCCUCCGAUGAAGAGGAAGAUCACAGACCCUCCAAUGUAGACGGGUCAGGUAACACGGGUGUAGGCUCCUCAUCUGGGGGGUGGACGUUUCGCUCCCCGCCAUCUCCUCAUCCCCGCCCUAAAACACAACAACAACAACAACAGCAGCAACCUCAACAACAGCAGUCUAUGCCAUUCUGGAUGGCACUGUAACACACGCACACACACACACGCACACAGAGGCUCUGUUGUUGAAAGAACGGACUCAUCCAGCCUUAAAGACUCUGAGGAUUGUGGGGCACUGGAGCUCAUCUGAAGAAUCAAAACGGUCCAGAUAUCAGCACUGCUCGUUUGUUUUUUAAGUAGCUUUCAACUCUCUGUAGUUUCUAGUUUCUCUUGAAUCAGAUUGAUUUGUAACUCUGUUUCAUCUGUGAACUUCUCAUGAGAAAUAAAUCAAACUGCAUUCA